GAAGAAGAAGCCUCGCGAUGGAGGCUGGGGGCUAAUUUAACGCGAAAAAUAGCGAAUUAACGCGCGCGUUGGAGACAGUUGACAUUUCAUUUUCAGAAAGACAUUACAAUAGUCUCCACAAGGAAGAGUUGUGUGUUAAAUUUAGAUUAAUAGACUCAGUCAGCACUGGAUAUUUUGGGUGAGUUUCUCAAGUAUUGACCGGGCGCCAUUAAAACGCUGUGCGGGAGACAGGAAAGAAAUAACCACUCUCACAGCCAAUACACAGCUAUCUGCUUCAGCGGACAGAUUCUGCUCUCAAAUAAACACAUUUAUUUGUAAGGAGAUUCUGUUCACAUUCUAGUAGACAGUGAAAAUGUGGUCUGUUUGUAAGGGCCUGUGGUAGCAUCAGGUAUUGUGUUAGCUGGCUAAAGGCUAACAGUCCUCGAACUGAAGAGAGACAUUUUCGACCUCGAACAAGAAACUACAGGUGUUGCAAAACUGUCACUAUGGCAACAGAUAUUGGCUCACCUCCCCGGUUCUUCCAUAUGCCUCGGUUCCAGCACCAGGCACCUCGUCAGCUGUUCUACAAGAGGCCGGACUUUGCCCAGCAGCAGGCUAUGCAGCAGCUCACUUUCGAUGGCAAGCGCAUGAGGAAAGCUGUGAACCGCAAGACCAUUGAUUAUAAUCCGUCUGUCAUUAGAUAUCUUGAGAAUCGAUUGUGGCAACGAGAUCAUCGAGAUUUCCGUGCUAUUCAACCAGAUGCAGGCUGCUACAAUGAUCUUGUUCCUCCAGUUGGUAUGCUUAAUAACCCUAUGAAUGCGGUUACAACAAAGUUUGUCAGAACCUCCACCAACAAAGUCAAAUGCCCUGUGUUUGUUGUGCGGUGGACUCCUGAAGGCAGGCGACUUGUAACAGGUGCCUCCAGUGGGGAGUUUACUUUAUGGAAUGGGCUCACAUUUAACUUCGAGACAAUUCUGCAGGCUCAUGAUAGCCCUGUCAGGGCAAUGACCUGGUCUCACAAUGACAUGUGGAUGUUGACUGCAGACCAUGGAGGUUACGUGAAGUACUGGCAGUCCAACAUGAAUAACGUCAAGAUGUUCCAGGCUCACAAGGAGGCGAUUAGAGAGGCCAGUUUCUCUCCUACGGAUAAUAAAUUUGCCACUUGCUCUGAUGAUGGAACUGUACGCAUCUGGGACUUUCUGCGCUGUCAUGAGGAAAGAAUUCUGAGAGGUCACGGAGCAGAUGUGAAGUGUGUCGAUUGGCAUCCCACGAAGGGCUUGGUGGUGUCCGGCAGCAAAGACAGCCAGCAACCUAUUAAAUUUUGGGACCCGAAGACUGGACAAAGUUUGGCAACACUACAUGCACAUAAAAACACAGUCAUGGAGGUGAAGUGGAACCUCAAUGGCAACUGGCUAUUGACGGCGUCACGUGACCAUUUAUGCAAACUGUUUGACAUUCGCAACCUCAAAGAGGAGCUGCAGGUUUUUAGAGGACAUAAGAAAGAAGCCACAGCUGUAGCUUGGCACCCAGUUCAUGAAGGCUUGUUUGCCAGUGGAGGCUCUGAUGGAUCACUGCUAUUUUGGCAUGCAGGUGUGGAGAAAGAGGUGGGAGGAAUGGAGAUGGCUCAUGAAGGAAUGAUCUGGAGUUUAGCCUGGCAUCCCCUGGGCCACAUCUUGUGUUCUGGGUCUAAUGACCAUACCAGCAAAUUUUGGACAAGAAAUCGGCCGGGGGACAAGAUGCGGGACAGAUACAAUCUGAACUUGUUGCCUGGAAUGUCAGAAGAUGGAGUGGAGUAUGAUGACAUAGAGACCAAUAGUGUUGCAGCCAUUCCUGGCAUGGGGAUCCCAGAACAGCUGAAGGCUGCCAUGGAACAAGAACAAACUGGCAAAGAGAUGGUGGCAGAGCCAGAGAUGAGCAUUCCAGGGCUGGACUGGGGAAUGGAAGAGGUCAUGCUGAAGGACCAAAAAAAGCCCCCGACUAAAAAGGUUCCUUAUGCAAAGCCAAUUCCAGCUCAGUUUCAGCAGGCCUGGGCAGAGAAUAAGGUUCCAGCGAUGCCUCCUGGAGAGGUUCCAAAGGAAAGGAAGGAUGAGAAGACAGUAGAUGGCAAAAAGAAGACACAAGCAGAGAUUGAGCAGGAAAUGGCUGCCCUGCAGUAUACAAACCCAAUGUUGCUUGAGCAACUGAAGAUUGAGCGAAUGGCACAGUUGCAAGAGCAGGGAAUGCCUCCCCCUGCUGGACAGUCAGGGCCAAUGCCACCCUUUCCAGGGCAGGGUGGUCCGAUGCCCCCACCAACACAAGGCUUCCCUCAGUCCAUGCCUCCACAACAAAUGCCGCACAACAUGCCUCCAAUGGGACCAGGUGGAAUGCCUGGUCCUUUCAUACCUCCAGGCCAAAUGGGUCCACCAGGACCUCCCAUGAACCAAGGUCCCCCUCCUCAGGGCAUGAUGGGUCCAGACAUGCACGGACCUCCACGUCAUCCAGGCUCUCACAGGAACAUGGGACCCCAGGGACCUCCUGGCAUGCCGCCUGUCCCCAGAGGCAUGCAAGGACCUCCCCUAACAGGAAUGCCCCCAGGUUCUGGUGGACCUCCAGCCGGUAUGAUGGGACCACCACGAGGACAGGGACCACCACAGGGAGGUAUGAUGCAUCAGGACAUGAGGGGGCCUGUGCCUCAUGGAAACAUGAUGGGCCCUCAGGGACCCUUGCCAGGGAGUAUGAUGGGGCCUCCACCGAGGACUCAUGGUAACAUGCAGGGAAAUAUGCAUGGAAUGGGGCCUCCUCCAGGGGGUAUGCAUGGACCACCAAACAACAUGCAAGGGCCACCAGGAAACAUGCAAGGACCUCCAGGCAAUAUGCAGGGCCCUCCACCAUAUAUGCAAGGCAAACAACCACACAUGGGUGAUGGAAACCGUGGACAGUUUAACCAGGGACAGAAUCCUGGGCCUCAAUCAAUGAUGCAUGGAAUAGGACAGCAGGGUCCUAACGGGAAAGGAGAUGGUCCUCGAGGACCACCUAACCACCACAUGGGACCCCCAACGGAGCGACAAGGCCCUGGUCAGGGCUCAGAUGGAGGCCAGUACUGGGGUGAUGAUGGGGGUUAUCAAGAGGGCUGGAGAAGAGGUCCUGGACAGGAAUACUCUUUAGGUCACAGAGGAAUCUCUGGAGGCCCAUGGGAAGGCCAGGAAAGGUUUCCCUCGCAUGAUGGAGAGUACAUGGGACACGACAGGUAUGAUGAGUAUGAGGACUCUGGUGAGGAGUUUGACCAGAGGCAGAGACGGCCACAUCAUGGAGAUGACUCAUACCGGAGGGGUGGCCUGAGUGGCCGUGGUGGAAUGGGUGGCUACCAAGAUGAGUAUGGUGGAGAUGAGAGCUUUGAUUCUCAAGAAGACAUGGGCCAAGGUUGGGGAGGAAGAGGAAGACCACGUGGUGGGCCGCCAAGAGGAGGUGGUGUAGGAAGAAAGGGGCUUCUCCCAACUCCUGAUGAUUAUCCCUGUCACUAUGAAGGAGGAAGAAACCAGGAGGGCUGGGAGGGAGGGCGAGAUUCAGGUCAUGAGAGUUAUCGGGAUGGUCAGCGGCCAGACCACAAUAUGCUUGACGGUCCUUCUCCAGCCAGUAGAGAGCGUUCCUCCUCUCUACAGGGCAUGGAUAUGGCCUCUCUGCCGCCACGCAAACGGCCAUGGCAUGACGGACCGGGCACUGGUGACAUGGACUCCCCUGGUGCAGGGCCUGAUGACAGAGGAGCGGGCCGACCAUCACCAAGAGACGAAGGUGUGUUUGGACCUCCAUCACGGGGAGGAAGAGGUGGUUGGGGCCGAGGUGGACCGCAAAACCCAGGUGGUUCUGGUCCCAAUGUGGGUCCAAAUACCAGGCGAGGGGCUCCACGUGGUGUUAUGAGGGGAGGUCGCGGACGGUAGGAAUGGUCACACCUGCUUUCCGGGCACAAUGGGGUAAAACCGACUACAGUGAGGACAGGGUAAACAAAGAACAACACAUGGCUACAAUACCAGCUUCCUUGAGGGUCUAAACAAUUAUGCAGGCUUGGACCGAAGUCUGGAAGCACUUCACUAAAAUCAGCAUGGAACCCUGAUUGGUGAUUAAGGUUUAGCUUUUUCUCUAUGAUGUAUUGGACGGUUGGUGGUGGUACCAAUUAUCCAGGGCCAGAUGUUUUGGCUCACGAUGCCCCUUUCUAUCUGCUUGGUGUACACGUUACAUGGCGUUUGUUCUAACCUUACAUCAGCACUGAGAAUAAUAACUGAUGUAAGAGGGGGCUCAUCAUGGUGCAGUGAGGAACAUCUUUUAUAAUGGACUAAUGAUUGUGGUCCAGGAAACUUUAUUUGUGAUGCAUGGUACAAUUUUGUAAAAUCUUAAGAGACAUCCCUUCCCUGCACUGAGCAGCUGAUCUGCUUUGUGAUUCACUCGGACAGUGGCAGCUGAAUUUGUACCAGCACCUGAGCCCCCUCUUUUUUUUUUUUCCUUUUUUUUUGGCUUUAAUGCUUCUGAUGUAUAAAACACAAUGUUUUGUGUACCAUUGAAUUCCUCAGUCAGAUUCUGUCAUCCAGCAAAUGCAAGUCAAUCUAGGUGAGGGCCGAUGUUGAACUGGCAUCAUCUUGUGGACUGUCUAUUAUUAGAGAAAAGUGGACUCUUGAAUGUGUAAUUCCCCCAGUGUCUCAGCACUGUUUAUUUAAGUUCAUUUUUAUGUAAAAUAAUGGAUGUAAUCUUUCUGUAACCUUACGAGGCUACUUUGAGUGACAAAGUUGCAGACUUUGUUUCUGUGUGUACAGUUUGUCACAAAAUUUGUCAUUGUUUUGUCCUUUUUUGUAUGAAACCAUAAUAGACUGUGCAAAAUGUAUGUAAACUCUCUCUGCUCUUGUCAUUUCUUUUUCACCCACUCCUUAGUUGGUCCUUAGGAGUGUGGUCACACAAGCCCGAGAUUCUCUAUUGGUCACGUCUUCUCAUU